UAGAUUCAACCAUGAUAUAUAUCACCAUUAUCCCUACAAAAGAAGAUAGAAUAAUGCUAAGACAAGUGCUAAUUUUAUAAUUUCCAGACACCUAGCUUUAUUAACUUGUUCACCUGAAGUUUUCUACCCAGAUCACAGUCGGCUUGAUCGCAAAUCGCAAUUGAAAAACCAUGUUAAAAACUCUUAAUUUGUGCAAGGCGUUAUACCAGUCAAAAAUUUGGAAUAAUGCAGCUCUGCAAACUCAAAUAGUAACCCUUUAUAGAAUCGAACCAUUUCUGGGACGAAGUACAUUGAAUACUGGGAGCUCCUGCUUAGCUAGGGCGGCCAUCCAUACAUCAAGCUGUUGUUCAACUAUAUCCGUUCAACCAUCGGAAGAAAACAAGAAUGAAGAGACAGCUGAACCUGACAAACUUUACAAGAUGGUUGAAAUUGAAGUGAGAGGCAACGAUAAUGCUGUUCUCAAGAGCUACACUCAAUUUGCUACUUCAGCUGCAGGCCAUCUUGGGAUAGAGAUAGGCAAAUGCUGGGCUCCUGAAAAAUCUCACAAAGAACGGUAUUCGUUGCUGAAAUCAAUUCACGUGAAAAAGAAGUACAUGGUACAGUAUGAAUACAGAACGUACUACAAGUUCAUGCAGUUUUUGAGGAUGACUGGAUCCACAGCUGACACCUUUCUAGAGUAUAUACAGAGGAAUUUACCGGAAGGUGUAGCUAUGAAAGUCACCAGGGUUUCACUGGAAAGAAUCCCAGAGCAUUUACAACAGCCUACCAUGUUGGAUUCAUCAAGUGUUGGUACUCCAAGAGCCAUCGAGGAGAAAAAUAACUGAUUUUUGUAACAUAUUUAGAUUAGUGUAGUAAAGCUGUUUGAAAGUGAA